AUGGACUUUGAGCUCUCCGACACCUCGUCAGAGCUCAGCUCGCUGCCGUCGACUCCUCCGGCGGAAGACAGCCUCUAUCCCUCUCCGCCGGAGUCCCAGACCUGCCCGGCCCAGCCCGCUGCCGCGUCGAAGGCCGCCGGGACGGUGGAAUCUGCGCCGGUACGCAAGAGGCGGAAGAUCGAGCCGAAGCCCAGAAUCACCAGACAUCUCGACCUCACGUACCCGGACAAGCAAGUCUGCCCGGGCCAGGAAGAGCAGCUGAAGUUGCUGCUGCGGACGCUGCGUGAGCACCGCAAGAUCGUGGUGGUGGCGGGCGCUGGCAUCUCAGUCUCUGCUGGAAUUCCCGAUUUUCGGUCAUCUCAUGGCCUGUUUAGCACGCUGAAAAAGGACCACAAGCUGAAGGCGUCGGGAAAGCAGCUGUUUGAUGCAUCGGUUGUCUAUCAGGACGAAUCCAUGAUCUCGUCGUUCCAUGAUAUGGUGCGGACGCUCUCGAAGCUUUCCGCAUCUGCAAAGCCUACUGCAUUUCACCAUCUACUUGCUCGUCUGGCACACGAAGGACGGCUUCUACGCUUGUAUACCCAAAACGUCGACGGGAUCGAGGCCUCCCUGCCGCCGCUGCAGACCAAAGUACCACUCGAGGUAAAGGGCCCUUGGCCAACCACCAUCCAGCUCCACGGCGGCCUGCACACCAUGGUCUGCCAGAAAUGUAGCAAGGCUUCCAGCUUCGAAGCAGAUCUGUUCAAGGGGCCCGACCCUCCUCUCUGUGCAGAAUGUGAGAAGAACGAGAAAAUCAGAACUGUUGUUGGCCAGAGGAGCCGUGGUAUCGGCAAAUUGCGGCCUCGUAUGGUGCUAUAUAACGAGUACAACCCAGACGAGGAAGCCAUAGGUUCCGUGGUUAGUGCUGAUCUACGCGCCAGGCCCGAUGCGCUUGUCGUGGUCGGUACCAGUCUCAAGAUCCCCGGCGUACGACGCAUUGUCAAGGAAAUGUGCCGUGUCGUGAGAGGCAGGAGAAACGGGACCACCGUUUGGAUCAACCACGACCCGCUCCCUUCUGGCAAGGAGUUUGAAGAUUGCUGGGAUCUGGCCAUCAAGGGUGACUGUGACAAGGUUGCGCUCCAUGCCGGCCUCAAGAGAUGGGACGACGAUGACCGCUCCUUCAACGAGUGCACCGAAGAAGAGUUUGACCGCGCCAAGUCAGGGAAUACCGAAAUAUCCGUUGUCAUCACGCCUCAGAAACCCGUCAAGUUCGCCGACUUUACAAACGGCAUGCCUACGCCAUCUUCCAGCUCUGAGGACUCCGUCAACCCCGGCAAACGGUCACAGAGUCCCACGCCCAGUGCUCCUCCCAAGCCAAGGGGCGCCAACACCAAGAUUAUCAAAAAGUCCAACCAGCCGCGCAAACCCAGGGCGAAGAAGACAAAGCCUGCAGAUGCUUCUACUAAGACUAUUCCAAUCAACAAGGCGUUCCCCAGCAGGAAGCCUACCGCUCCCAAAGAAUCUAAGGUGGUAAAAGAGGUCACCCCCCGUUGCAAGAUCGAAGAUGUCCUAAACCCAAUUGCUCCUGAAUCUGCUCGAAGCAACGGCCCAGCGCCCGUGGAACUAGAGACGAAAAAAGAGAGUAAUGUUGUUCACACCUGA